UUUUGGCAAACACGCGAGUGGGCUGGGCCGAAUGUUAGGAGGCCCAGCUGGAGGCGCUCUUUGUCACCGCGGAGAAGGCAGAAUCGUCAAUCGUGGGCGUUGUCUGUCGUCUUCGUCUCCGGCGAGCAAAGCGGCGAGGGGAAAGAGAAAAGAGAGGGGCAGGAUGGGCUACCUCUGGCGUGUGCGGCUGUCGUCGUUCGCAGCCGGUGCUGCGGCAGCUUCAGCGGCGGGGUUCUUCCUUCUUUACAAAGACCACCUCGUCGCCCGCGCCACCAUCGCCCGACAGGUGGAGGACGUCAAGAGGAUCUCUGAAAAACGCUAUGAAGCUCUGAAUCAUCGGAUCUCAGCACUGGAAAACAGAAAAGAAUCAGGAUCUCAUAAAGAGGCAUGAGACUAAUUCUGCACGUUGUGUAUGUAUGAUUGUUAAUCUAUCUGCCAAUGUGCUUAUGGUUGCUGCACAUGUGUAACUGCAGCAUUUAAGCUGUACCAUUUUGUUUUUCAAAUUGCUAUGAAUCAUCACUGUCAUCACUUUGCGAGAUGGACGGAGAUUAAUAAAAACAUGUUUUUCUUUAGCGA